AUGGAUUUUGUCGAGAUAGCUGCAGUAUGUGCUCUCGAGUUAAAAAGAAGGAAGACAAUAAAAAAGAAGAAGAAAUAUUGGGUACAUCCUAUAACUUCACAGCGAUUAUUGAAAGGACAGUUUUAUAAACUUCACAAUGAAUUACGGUCUUACCCGGUGAAAUUUUUUAAUUUUUAUCGUAUGAGUGUUAAAAGUUUUGAUGAUCUUCUAAAUUUGAUACGACCUUCCAUCACUUAUCAAGAUUCAAAGUGGAGAAAGGCGAUCCCUCCUGAAGAAAGGCUUUCUGUUACCUUAAGGUACCUUGCAACAGGAAACAGUUUUAGAACUUUAUACUUCGAGUUUUUAAUUGGGGGGACAACAAUUAGAACAAUUGUUAAAGACACAUGUGAAAAGAUAUGGAUGUGUCUUAAAGAAAAAUACAUGCCUGAAAGAACCGAAAGGAUGUGGCAGCAAAUUGCAGAAAAAUUUGCGGCAACAACACAUUUUCCAAACUGCCUGGGGGUAAUAGAUGGCAAACACAUUCGCAUUCAAAAACCAUGUAGUACAGGUUCAGAGUUCAUGAAUUAUAAAAAUUUUUUUUCUGUGGUUCUUAUGGCUGUUGUAGAUGCGGAAUAUUGUUUUACGUCAGUUUACAUUGGAUCAUAUGGUAGUGCUAGUGAUUCACAUGUGUUUGAAAGAUCAAAUUUUGGUAAAAAACUAAACCAAGGUAAACUUAACAUACCACCUAAUCAGCCACUACCAAACGAUGACACAGGUGUUCCAAUGCCCUUUAUUUUUGUUGCGGAUGAAGCAUUUGCAUUAUCAGAUCGUGUACAACGGCCAUUUGGGCGACGGAAUUUAACUAUAGAAAAAAAAAUUUAUAACUAUCGGCUCACUAGGGCCAGAAGAAUGGUCGAGUGCGCAUUUGGCAUCAUGUCCAACAAAUGGCGAAUACUUCAUAGAGCAUUAGAUGUGAACCUUUCAUUUUGUGACGCAAUUAUUCAGGCUUGCUGCAUUCUUCAUAACUAUGUACGCCAAAGAGACGGUGUAAGAUUUGAAGAUACACUGUAUGAAUGCCUCCUGACAGAAAUGAACCCAACGAAUGUGCGUGGCAAUCACAUUGGUACAACGACAAGAGAAUAUUUCGUGAAAUAUUUCACUUCACCCGGGGGAUCAAUUCCUUGGCAGUAUGAAAAAAUUUGA